CUCGUAUCUGUCACAGAUCUCUUAUAUGCUUGUGUAUUCUACAUUCUAUACAACCCAUGAUACGUCUUAAACGCGAAGGUAUUCCUUGCCACUUCACUGAUUUGUGUUUUUGAUUAGUCCAAUCCCAUGUUUCGCAGUGCCCUUCGGCCCCUCUCUUUUCUGCACUGCACUAGAAGGGCUUUUACCGCGCGAUAUUUUCAUCGGGUCACGACAGAUUUCGUUACCCAUGAUGCGAGAGGAAACCUGGUUAGCAGCAAGGUGCCUAUUAUUAUUGGCAACCCUGGAGAAGCUUAUGUUUUGAUUGAGCAAGUGGUUGGUAGUGCACUCCGUGCUGCCAGUCCCUAUAUAUCAGCCUCUGCAGCUAGUGCUGAGGAAAGGUGUAAACUUACGUUUUUCCAUGACUCGCAAUACUUUGGGUUUGGAUCGUCGAGUUAUCCCCGGCUCUAUGUCCCAAACCAAAUUCCCCGCCAAACAGAGUCAGAUUCAAGCCCCGCAACUUUGUUCCUGGGUGGAAAGAUGCACGAGAUAGCUCUAGAUGGAACACCUGAUGCAAAUUUUGCGGAGAAUGCAAGCGCGACUGGACGGAACCUGGACAGCGUACUCUACCAGCUGAGGGAUAUGUGAUGCCAACCUUGUUUCCUUGCAGCCAUGUCGGGAAUCGUUCGAUACAAGACCGUGGAGACAGCUUGGCAGUUUACGACUAGAACACGGGAGAAUAUUUAUUAGCAAAGGAGAAAUCCCAAUGUCGUCGAGACUACGGGAUGCUUUGGUAGAUACUCG